AUGGCGUGGUCGUCCAAGAAGGUCUGCGUAGUGGGCGCCGGCGUCUCGGGGCUGGUCUCCGCCCGCGAGUUGCGCCGGGAGGGCCACGACGUGACGGUCAUGGAGCAGAGCGGCGGCGUAGGCGGGCAGUGGCUGUACGACCCGCGGACCGACGCCAGCGACCCCCUCGGCGUGGCCGGCGCGCACAGCAGCGUCUACGCCUCUCUCCGGCUCAACACGCCGAGGGAGAGCAUGGGCUUCUCCGACUACCCUUUCGUCUACCCCGCGGGCAACGACGACGACGGUGCCGGCGGCGACGCCCGGCGGUACCCGGGGCACGCCGAGUUCCUGAGGUACAUCAGGCGCUUCUGCGACGCGUUCGGGCUCAUGGACGCCGUCAGGCUCAACACCAAGGUCCUGCACGUCGCCCCGUCGGCGCCGCGCGGCCACGGCGACGGCAGCGUGACGCGGUGGACGGUGAGGUGCUCGUCGAGACACGGUGACUGCGACGGCGAGGCGGUCACCACGGAGGAGACGACGUUCGACGCCGUCGUCGUCGCCGUCGGCCAGUUCACCCAGCCAAGGCUCCCCGUGAUCAACGGCAUGGACAAGUGGAGCAGGAGGCAGCUGCACUCCCACUCGUACCGGGUCCCGGACUCCUUCCAAGACGAAGCGGUGGUGGUCGUGGGAUGCCACGCGAGCGGCGUGGACAUCGCGCUGGAGCUCCGCGCGGUGGCGAGAGACGUGCACGUCAGCGUCAAGUCCGUGGACGACGGCGUCGCCGUGUCCCCCGGCAUGAGGAAAGCUGCGUCCAGGCACCACAACCUACACCUCCACCCGCAGAUCGAGCGCUUGUGCGAGGAUGGGCAGGUAACGUUCGCCGACGGCUCGCGCGUCGUCGCCGACUCCAUCGUCUACUGCACUGGGUACGGCUACUCGUUCCCGUUCCUGGACACGGGAGGCCUGGUCACCGUCGACGACGGCAGCCGCGUCGGCCCGCUGUACGAGCACACGUUCCCGCCGGCGCUGGCGCCGUCGCUGUCCUUCGUGGGCGUGCCCAAGAGGGUGGUGGUGCCACGGUUCUACGAGACGCAGGCGAGGUGGGUGGCGGAGGUGCUGUCGGGGCGGAGGGCGCUGCCGUCGUCGGAGGAGAUGAUGCGCGCAGCCGAGGGGUACCACCACCCAGCCAGGGAGAUGAUGGUGGCCGGCGUGCCCAAGCACCUGGCGCAUGACAUCUUCGACGACUAUGACUACUGCGACGAGUUCGGGGAGAAGCACUGCGGGUUCCCGCGGCUGGAGAGAUGGAAGAAGGAGCUCCGGUGGUCGUCCAUAGCAAGACAAAGGGGCGAGGGCGAGGGCGAGGGCGAGGACUCGGAGAGCUUCCGUGACGUGUACCGCGACAGCGACUUGGUUCGGGAGGGGUUGCAGGCACAGGGCUGGCCCUGGCCGGCUGGCUCACACCAACACAAGUAG